AUGGAAGGGCUUCGAAGCUAUCUUGCGGCAAAUGAAGGAGAUGGUCAGCAGGCAACUGACAGCUACAAGGAAGCAAAGUGGAUGCUCAACGUAUUGGAUCAAUUCACGACAAUAAAUGAUCAGUUCGAUAUUGUGAUUGCCAGUGAGGGGCAAGGUCCAACGAGUCACAAUGAUGCACAAAUGGUACACGACUCGAACAAUAUGAGGGCGACGUGUAUCUUCAUUGGCACUGACCAUGACGGAUUAAUCAAGUUUGAGUCUGCAUCUGAUGACGGGUACCAGCAGAUCAAGAUGUUGUUCUUUCGCAUGAUGGCAGGCAUUCGGAAUAGGUUGAAGGAUGACCUUAUCUAA